UCUGUUAAACGACAGCGGCGGCGGCAGCGUUUGGUUGUGUGUUAUUUAAACAAACCGAAUGAUUUGAGUCAAUAAAAGUAGCUACGCCAUAAUCACAAUUAAGUUUCCAUAUUGAGCUCAGUUCAUUUCGAGAGUGCAAUAUGUCGCUAUUAAUUAAAGCCGCUGCCACCACACGUCAGCUCAUUCAUAAGGCACCAGCGUUGCAACAGCAGGUGCGACACCUGAAUCUUUUGGAGUUCCAGUCCAAGGACUUGCUGCAGAAGUAUGGCGUAGCCAUACAACAGUUCAAGGUAUUGGAUAACUCCAGUACCGAUACGCAAGUGCUCAAUUCAUUUGAUUGUCCCGAAUAUGUGGUCAAGGCACAGAUAUUGGCUGGCGGGCGCGGCAAGGGUACCUUCGACAAUGGCUUCAAGGGAGGCGUUCACAUAACCUCAAACAAGAACGAUGUGCUCACGCUCAGCAAAAAGAUGAUAGGCAAUCGGCUGAUUACCAAACAGACGCCCAAAACGGGAAUUCUCGUCAACAAGGUGAUGGUGGCGCGCAGCGUAAAUAUAACACGAGAGACUUAUGUCUGUAUUCUCCUCGAUCGCGAACAUAAUGGACCCGUGCUGAUUGCUUCGCCAGCUGGCGGCAUGGACAUUGAGGCUGUGGCAGAAGAAACUCCUGAGAAAUUGUUGACUGUUCCACUGGAUAUUGACAAGCCGAUACCGGAAGAUAAGCUAAUCGAAGUGGCCAAGUUCCUGGAGUUCAAAGGCGAUGCCAUUAAGCGUUGUGCUGAUGAAAUUCAAAAGCUGUAUACUCUGUUUAAGUCUGUGGAUGCUGUGCAAAUCGAAAUCAAUCCCUUGGCCGAGACUGACACGGGUGAAGUCAUUUCCGUGGAUGCCAAAUUGAAUUUCGAUGACAAUGCACAGUUCCGUCAGAAGGAGAUCUUUGCCAUGGACGUUACUGAAGAGGAGUCCGAUCCCCGUGAGGUGGAGGCUUCCAAGUAUAAUCUCAACUAUGUGGCCAUGGAUGGCAACAUUGGCUGCUUGGUAAAUGGCGCUGGUCUCGCCAUGGCCACCAUGGACAUCAUUAAGCUGAAUGGCGGUGAGCCGGCCAACUUCUUGGAUGUUGGUGGUGGUGUCAAGGAGGAACAGGUGGCCAAAGCUUUUGAGAUCCUCACUUCGGAUCCAAAAGUGAAGGGCAUUCUGGUGAAUGUGUUCGGUGGCAUUGUCAACUGUGCCACCAUUGCCAAUGGCAUUGUGGCUGCUUCUAAGAAAUUGAAGUUGAAUGUGCCGUUGGUGGUGCGCUUGGAAGGCACCAAUGUAAAUCAGGCUCGCGAAAUUUUGAAGAACUCUGGCUUGCCCAUACAGACGGCCAGUGAUUUGGACGAUGCUGCGCACAAGGCAGUCGCCUCCCUCUAAACUGAACAAAUUUCCUGAUUGUUAAAGACGCACACAUUGGUUUAGCAUUUAAACGUACAAUAUAUAGAUAAUAUAUGCA